AAUGUUGUGAAAGUGGACAUGGAUGAGGAGGAAGGAGAAGCAGUGAAGUCAGGGCUUUCUAUUGUUAAAAGACAUGCAGAGGAGGAGGGAGGUGGCAGAGAUGAGACCAACUCAGGAGGAGGCGCCAACUCGGACACAGGCAGUUUCGAUGGGGAGAAUGAACAGAGUUCGAACGCUCAGAGUGCAGUGGAGAAGCCACACCCUUGCUCCCAGUGUGGCAAGACCUUCGUCACUGUGGGGAGCCUGAAGAGGCACACACAGACUCACAGCAGAGAGAAACCCCAUCAGUGCUCCGUCUGCGGGAAAUGUUUCUCACGCUCAGACGACAUGAAGAGACACCUCACCAUCCACACAGGAGAGAGGGUGAACCACGUCUGUCACCAGUGUGGGAAGACUUUCGCCAGUCUGGGAGGGCUGAAGAAACACCAGAUGACCCACACAGGAGAGAAGCCGUUCCAGUGUUCCGAGUGUGGGAAAGGUUUCACAGCGCAGGGUAACCUCAAGAUCCACCAGCGCAUCCACACGGGGGAGAAACCGUACCAGUGCUCCCAGUGUCAGAAAAGCUUCUCCCGGCUGGCCCACUAUAAAGACCACCAGCAGACUCACCGGGAGGAGAAACCGUACCACUGCAAUGACUGUGGGAAAAGCUUCUCCUAUUUCAAGUCGCUCAAGUGCCACCAGAUGAUCCACAAAGGGGAGAACCUCCACCACUGCUCCGUAUGCGGUAAAGGGUUCGCCAUCCGCGGCAACCUGAAGACCCAUCUGCAGACACACACCAAGGAGAAACCACACCAAUGCUCAGAGUGCGGGAAACGGUUCUCCCGAGCCCACGACCUGAAGAAACACAAGCUGCUCCACACGGGGCAGAAGACCUACCACAUUUGCCAGUGUGGCAAGAGCUUCACGGAGCUGGGGAACCUACGGACCCACCAGAGAACCCACACCGGAGAGAAACCAUUCUGCUGUUCCUUCUGCGGCCGAACCUUCUUGCGUGCUGGAGACCUGAAGAGCCACCAGCGGACACACACCGGAGAGAAACCGUUCAUCUGUGCCAUAUGUGGGACCAGUUUCGCCCAAUCUGGCAACCUGAAAGUGCAUCAGAUCACACACACUAAAGAGAGGCCGUACCCUUGUACUGUCUGUGAUAAGGGGUUCACCACACCGGGGAGUCUGAAACUACACAUGAGGACACACACAGGGGAGCGGCCUUUCCUCUGUAGCGCAUGUGGGAAAGGGUUCACGGCAUCGGGGCAGCUGAAGAGGCACCAAGAGUGUCACAUGAGAGACACUGUCCAAUCAUCUCCUAGUGAAGACACGGGGCUGGCGGUGGCUUCAAAAUAAAAGUCCUCUCUGAGCGGACUACGAAAUAAGAGUACUGGAAACGUGCCAAUGUGUGUCUGAACUGUGAUCAUGAUGGGAGGUUUUACUGCUUCAUGAUGUCCCUAAUGGGACACCAUUCACUGUGGGCUCUGGUCAAACGAGACACCAUUCACUGUGGGCUCUGGUCAAACGAGACACCAUUCACUAUGGGCUCUGGUCAAACGAGACACCAUUCACUGUGGGCUCUGGUCAAACGAGACACCAUUCACUAUGGGCCCUGGUCAAAUGAGACACCAUUCACUAUGGGCUCUGGUCAAACGGGACACCAUUCACACUGGGCUCUGGUCAAAUGGGACCCCAUUCACUAUGGGCUCUGGUCAAACGAGACACCAUUCACACUGGGCUCUGGUCAAAUGAGACACCAUUCACACUGGGCUCUGGUCAAACGAGACACCAUUCACACUGGUCAAAAGGACUGCACUGUAAAGGGAGUAGGGAAACCAUUCAGGACCUACACUACUCCUCCCUAUUGCAGAACGUCAGUUGUUUACUCCAUGAGCUCAAAUAUGAGCUUUUUAAAGUGUCAGAGAAUGUGAUGUUUGACAAGAAAUUGUUAAUCUGAGUUCCUGAAUGACACCCAAUUUAGUGCACUACGUUUGACCAGGGCCCAUAGGGUUCUGGCUAAAAGUAGUGCACUAUAUAAUAGGGAAUAGGGUGCCAUUUGGGACGCACGACAGUGUACAGUAUACUACAGUACUAAUGAACACUUUCUCUGGUAAACACAGUUUACUGAUUUUUGUCUCUUAUUAUCUGAGUAUUGAUCUGAUUUUAAUAAAUAAACUAUUCUAAUAAUAUGUUUCAUCCUGUGAAAACUGUUUAAAAUAAUUAAGUUCCCCUGUCGUCACAUUCACAAUGCAGUCCGUAGUUUCCCCUAUCGCCCUGUAGGUGGUGCUAUUGAGUCACAUUCACAAUGCAGUCCGUAGUUUCCCCUAUUGUCCUGUAGAUGGUGCUAUUGAGUCACAUUCACAAUGCAGUCCGUAGUUCGCCUAUCGUCCUGUAGGUGGUGCUAUUGAGUCACAUUCACAAUGCAGUCCGUAGUUUCCCCUAUCGUCCUGUAGGUGGUGCUAUUGAGUCACAUUCACAAUGCAGUCCGUAGUUUCCCCUAUCGUCCUGUAGAUGGUGCUAUUGAGUCACAUUCACAAUGCAGCCAGUGAAGUUUGUGUUUUUAGCCCAUAGCGCUCUGUAGUGCACUGUAUAGGGAAUAGUGUGCCAUUUGUUAUGUAGCCUUAGUCCCUCCCUUUAGUUUCACACUAAAGUGUGUUUCCUACUGAUAAGUAACUCUUCCUCAGAAUAAACAUGUAUUACCCCCGAAAACAACAGGUGUUUUAUAACGAAGAAUGGACAAAAUUAGUCAUACCAAAGACUGUAAACAAAAUGGGCUGUCGGGGGAACUACAUGUAAUUUAACUACACUGAACAAAAAAAUAUUAAAUGCAAU